UGUCCUAAAUAAUGUUGGCUAUUUCAUGUGAAACAAGAGGAAAAAAUGAUAUCUGAAGCAGAUCAUAAAAGUUUAGCAAUGAAGUUUCCUGGUUUGUGUCAUUAAGGAUGGCUUUUUCCAUCCUGAAGAGGAAUUGCUUCCUUCUGCCCAUGGAACUUAUAUAAAAGUUACAAUAGGUGACUUAAUAAUUUAUCAACUAACUCUUUGGCUUUUGAUCAAAUAUCUUGUUAUUUAAGCUUAUUUACUCUCAGCAUGAUUAAAGGCUGAAUUGGGAAUAACAAUCUUAGCCCAAAAUGCCAAACUUGGAUGACAUUUUAGAGCACGUUGGGGAGUUUGACCUGUUCCAGAAAAGAGCGUUUUUCCUCAUUUGCCUUCUCUCUGCUGCCUUUGCUCCAGUCUAUAUAGGAAUUGUUUUUCUAGGCUUUAUACCGGAGCACCGUUGUCUGAAUCCUGGAAUUGCGGAGUUAAGCCACAGGUGUGGCUGGAGUCUUGAAGAGGAGUUGAAUUAUACUGUCCCGAAAGGAGAGGCUUUCACCCAGCAAUGCAUGAGAUACAAUGUGGACUGGAAUGCAACUGAGCUAAGCUGUACAAACCCAUUGGAAAACCUCACCAGUCAUGGGAAUGGCAGCAUCCCUCUUACCACCUGCCAAGAUGGUUGGAUCUAUGAUGCUUCAAUACAAUCCAUUGUGAAUGAGUUUAACUUGGUGUGUGAAGACUCCUGGAAGCUAGAUGUGUUUCAGGCAUGUGUGAAUGUUGGAUUUUGCCUUGGUUCUGUAUAUGUUGGCUACAUAGCAGACAGGUUUGGCCGUAAGACAAGCAUCCUAAUUACCACCCUGAUAACAUCCAUCGCAGGAGUCCUGGUGGCUGUAGCACCAAACUACAUAUGGUCUGUCAUAUUUCGCUUCAUGCAAGGACUUGUUGGCAAGGGCAGCUGGACAGCAGGUUACAUCCUAAUCACAGAAAUUGUUGGUGCAAGCUACAGGAGGACUGUAGCCAUUCUCUAUCAAGCAGCAUUUGCUAUUGGUCUCCUGAUCCUUGAUGUUCUGGCUUAUGCAAUUCCCCACUGGCGAUGGCUUCAACUUGCUGUCACUCUGCCAACUUUUCUGCUUUUGCUCUACUACUGGUGCCUUCCAGAAUCUCCCAGAUGGCUGCUCUCUCAAGGACAGAAUGGCAAAGCUAUGGAAAUUGUGGAGGAUAUUGCUAAAAAGAACAAGAAAGUGUUACCUGCCCAUUUUGAGAGUAUCAGUCUUGAGGAAGACAAUGAAAAAGAUUCACAACUGAGUCCUUCUGUGUUAGAUCUUGUGAGAACACCGCAGAUGAGAAAAUACACAUUUAUUUUAAUGUACAACUGGUUCACAAGUGCCAUAACAUACCAAGGACUAAUCAUGCACGUGGGAAUUUCCGGAGACAAUGUUUAUCUAGAUUUUUUAUAUUCUUCCAUUGUUGAAUUUCCAGCAGCUGCCAUUCUCAUAUUUACAACAGAACGAGUGGGACGACGGUAUCCCUGGGCUGUAUCACAUCUCAUGGCAGGAGUAGCUUGUCUUGUUGCAGCUUUCACUCCAGAAGAUAUGCACUGGUUGAAGAUCAUUGCAGCUAGUCUAGGGAGACUGGGAAUCACUAUGGCUUUUGAAAUGGUGUGCUUUGUGAAUACUGAAUUAUAUCCAACAUUUCUCAGAAACCUUGGUGUGAUGGUCUGUUCCUCCAUGUGUGACGUGGGUGGGAUAAUAUCCCCAUUUGUUGUAUAUAGGCUGACAGAAAUCUGGGACCAGCUGCCUCUUUUAGUUUUCACUGCAGUUGGUGUAAUUGGCGCUGGAUCGGUGCUACUUCUGCCUGAAACCAAAGGGAGAACUUUGCCUGAGACCAUUGAAGAUGUAGAAAACUUCCAUAGAUACCAUGCUAAACAGCUUAAGUGAGGACAGUCAAUUUGAAGCACAUUUUUUCAGCUGAUGCCUAUAAAUGGAGUUUAGAUGGGCAGUGAAAAUGUUCACUUGAUGGGGAGGGAGCCUUGAUAAACUGUAUAAACAUACUUUUAUAAAUAAAUUAGCUAUUCCUUGGAA